UAAACGCAGUCGAGUUGAAUUAUCUCUCCAGGACACUCAUCAUCCAAUCCCAACGACUGGCACGUUGACAUCGGACUCAUCCAACGGUGCAAGAUUCUUCCUGCCCAGAGACGAAACCAUAAUCCGUAGAGCAUUAAUAAACAUUUCCCAUUUGUUUGGUUGCUCCGAAAACAGAGGACCAAACAAGCCCUUAUCACAACUCUAUCUAACAAAUUACAUAGGACAGGCCCAAAACCAAAAAAAGCUUCUUUGUCUCUCGUGCCGAUUCUCCACCACUAUUCCCUUCACCCCAAUCACACUUUCCGGUAGUUGUUGCUAUUAGUGUAGAAGAUGAGUACGCUGGAUGCAACAAGGGCUGAACUUGGUCUUCUUGUUUUAUAUUUGGGCAAGGCUGAAGCAAGGGACAAAAUAUGCAGGGCAAUACAAUAUGGUUCCAAAUUUUUGAGUAAUGGGGAACCUGGUACUGCUCAGAAUGUAGACAAAACAACCAGCUUGGCACGAAAAGUCUUCCGUCUCUUUAAGUUUGUCAAUGACCUACAUGCUUUGAUAAGUCCAACACCACAGGGGACACCCCUCCCCCUAGCUCUGUUGGGAAAGUCCAAGAAUGCUCUACUCUCCACUUUCUUGUUUCUUGAUCAAUUUGUGUGGCUUGGCAGAACAGGCAUCUACCAGAAUAAAGAGCGCACCGAACUAAUUGGCCGGAUAUCUCUUUACUGUUGGUUGGGAUCCUCGGUGUGUGCCACCUUGGUUGAGCUUGGGGAGCUUGGAAGACUCUCUGCAUCAAUGAAGAAGUUAGAGAAAGAUCUCAAGAACAAGAAUAAAUACGAUGAUGAGCAAUACCGUGCCAAACUAAACAAGUCAAAUGAGAGGACUCUAUCACUUAUCAAAGCAGGAAUUGAUACUGUGGUAGCAGUAGGACUGCUUCAAUUGGCACCCAAGACAGUUACUCCUCGCGUAACUGGGGCUUUUGGAUUUGUUUCGUCUCUAAUAUCUUGCUAUCAGUUGCUUCCUGCCCCGGUCAAGUCCAAAACUGUGUGAAGUGUGGAAGAAUAGAAAGGUUCUCAUGACGUGUCUGUCGUCAAAUAAUUAUAUGAAUUGGUCAGGAAAUGUCGGUUGGUGUGAGCAUUGACCAAUUUUCAUCAUAGUUACAAUUGUUCUCUAAAACUGUUGUGUAGGGCAUCUUUCUAUUUUGGUCUUUCAAAAUAUAUGCAACAAUAAUAUGUUGCUCCAUAAUUUACAAAUACAUGAAUUUGUACCCUAAAAGACAUGCAAUAUCAAAUUGGUUCCCCCACUUCCCCUAAAUGUUUGUUUCAUUUUGUUAUCAAAACGGUCCUUUAAAUAACAUCAAAUUUACCCUUGAA